AUGCAUCCAGAUGUUUCUGCUGUGGCCAAGGAUCGCAAGCCGGCUCUCAUCACGUUGAUGGCCCACCUCAUGCGAUGGCCAGAUACAACACUCGGCUUAAGGUUUUUCACGGGGUUCAAGUUGUUGGGAGUCAUUGGGAGUCCGGGCAUUUGCCGUGAAUUGCAUGAGGACGGCCUUCAACAGCUCGGGCUUCAAGCUCUCCUCGGCGAACAUGCCAAGCGCAUCGCUGCCAGUGUUGAGCUGUGCCUGCCGCGAUUCCCGUAUGCGGCAGAAGCCAAGGGGUUCACUCUCGAGGAAGAGCUUGAUUCAUUGUUGGUGCGGGGCAAUCAAUGGCCUCAAUGCGUCGGUUCAUGUUGGCACAGCUGA